CCCACAAGCCAUACCACUCUCCCCUUUGCGAAACUCAACAUCAAUUGAAAAUGGACGUCUCUCUCACAUCCCUCAUCAUCACCGUCCUAACCCUCACUCUCGCAUCCACCGUCGUCGCCCUCCCUCUCCCCGAGUUCCUCCCCUGGGCGCUCGUGGAUACCAUAUUGCCGGGCUCGGGGAUCCCCAAAGCCGUGGAAAAGCUGGGAACGGGGUUUCAAUGAUUGUGUAGAGCCCAAGGGCUAAGGGCGCUAGGUGAGUGGUCUUCUUUAGAGGAGAAAGACAAUGUGGGAUUGAGUUCGGUCAUGUAGAGGUGUGGGUGG